AAUGUUUGUUGGCCGUAGCAUUCAGCGUAGCUCAGCACCCUAAAAAGUGUACAAAAAUUCCGAAAAACUGAAAACAAUCCAAAAAUCGAGGUUUUUUGAACAAAAUUGCAGUAAGUGGUGCCAACAACAACAGCAACAACAACAACAACAUCAGCAAGUGCAUGAAACAUAAGUAAUAAGAAUUCAGAAUUCAGAAUCCUGUGUCGGAAGAAUGUCGGAACUUCAAGCAUCGCUGCUGCUGAAGCGCCAACUUGCGGAAUUGCAUCGCAAUCCCGUCGAGGGCUUCUCAGCCGGCUUAAUCAAUGACGACGAUAUAUUCAAAUGGGAAGUGGUCAUCAUUGGGCCACAGGACACACUCUAUGAGAGUGGCUGCUUUAAGGCACACUUGAUAUUUCCCAAGGAGUAUCCGUUGCGACCGCCGCGCAUGAAGUUCGUCACCGAAAUCUGGCAUCCGAAUAUUGAAAAGAAUGGCGAUGUCUGCAUCUCAAUUUUGCACGAGCCGGGCGAUGAUAAAUGGGGUUAUGAGAAGGCCGAGGAGCGCUGGUUGCCCGUGCACACGGUGGAAACGAUUCUGCUGUCGGUCAUCUCCAUGCUGACCGAUCCCAAUGAUGAGUCGGCCGCCAAUGUGGAUGCAGCCAAGGAAUGGCGCGAAGAUUAUGCUGAAUUCAAGCGGAAAGUAGCUCGUUGUGUGCGUCGCAGCCAGGAGGAGGUCUAGACUCUACAGAUGCCAGAUAAACAAAAUUCAACACACAUUCCACGGUCAACAUUCAAAUAAAAGCGACUACUUGCAAA